GGGAAGGGUUUUGAGAGAGAAGAAAAUGGGAGCUCCGAGAGUGAAGCUUGGUAGCCAGGGGCUAGAGGUUUCACAGCAGGGUCUUGGUUGCAUGGGAAUGUCUGCGUUCUACGGCACUCGCAAGCCCGAAUCGGAGAUGAUAGAUCUCAUCCACAAGGCUGUCAACGAUUUGGGGAUCACUUUUCUCGACACUGCUGAUGUUUAUGGUCCUCACACAAACGAGAUCCUCGUCGGAAAGGCGAUUAGCAGCUUGAGAAGAGAAAGUGUCCAAGUCGCGACCAAGUUUGGCAUCACGAGCCAGGGAAUCCGAGGUGAUCCCGCUUACGUUCGCGAGUCAUGCCUUGGCAGCCUCGAGCGACUCGGUGUGGACUACAUCGACCUUUACUACCAGCACAGAGUGGACACCAGAGUUCCCAUCGAAAUCACGGUUGGGGAGAUGAAGAAACUCGUCGAGGAAGGCAAAGUCAAGUACAUUGGCCUGUCGGAAGCAUCGGCUUCGGACAUCCGGCGAGCUCAUGCAGUCCAUCCCGUGACUGCUGUUCAACUGGAAUGGUCGCUGUGGACUCGAGAUGUGGAAGAAGAUGUCAUCCCAACAUGCAGGGAACUCGGCAUUGGGAUCGUUCCUUACAGCCCCCUCGGCCGGGGAUUCUUCUCCAUCGGCAAGAAGAUCAUGGAAGACCUGCCAGCAAACGACUUCCGGAAGGUUGGCAAUGACCCCCGGCUCAUGCCCGAGCACAUCGAGAAGAACGCGGCCUUUUACAACAAGCUGCUGGAGAUGUCCACGAGCAAGAACUGCUCGCCGGGACAACUCGCCCUGGCGUGGCUCCAGCACCAGGGACGCGACGUGGUUCCAAUCCCCGGCACCACCAAGCUCAAAAACUUGCAAGAGAACGCCGGAGCUCUGGCGGUGGAGCUGUCCGAGCAAGAGCUGCGCGCGAUCGAAGACGCGGUUCCCAUCGUGAGCAUCUCCGGCGAAAGAAAAAAGGACAUGUCGCUCACCUGGAGAUUCGCUUCCUCGCCCCCGCUUGAGAAAUGGGAGCAGUGACGAUCAAAGUAUAUUCUCCUUGCCGGGAGAAUAUUCUUUUAAAGCAUAUUCUCUGUGAAGGAAUAUUCUCCAUGAUAAA